ACGUUAGUGGAAUCCUAGUCAAGAAUUACGAAAUAUUAAGAAUAACAUACACGCAUGAUACACUAGUACACGAGAAAAGAUAAGAUGUCGUUUCUGCAAAUUAAAGUACCUCUCAGGUUAACGCUAGCUUUUGCUGUUGUUGUCAUGUUUCCAGCUCUAGUGCUUGUUCCUGCAAGCGACGCAGCACUCCCUAAUGUUGGCAACUGCACUUUCAUGGAGUACUACUGCGAUGGCCUUAAAUGCAGCACACUGUUCUAUCAAAGACUCCAGAAAGACCCAAAAGGAGAUUGCAGUGCUAAAUUCAACCAACUUUUGGAUUGUGUGAGCAAGUCGAUACAUAUUUGUGUUAACGACGAGCUGCCUGAAAGCCAGAUCAGAGGAAUUGUUUACCGAUCUUUCAAAGAAAGCACAUUAUGUAUUGAUGGUAUGACGGGCAUACCCACCAUGCCCCCGGGAUCAGCUGGCCUCUCGUGUUCUGCUUCGUUCAGCAGUGACGCAGACGCAUGCGUGAAAACAUUCCAUGAAAAGUUCGCUGCAGAUAAGUCGGACCCGUCACUUUGCCCGGAGCAAGCUAAAGCAAAGAAGUGUUUGAAGAACCUGAUAGAUUCGGAUUGCACGUUUUCUUCUCCCAUCCAGGAAGCGUUGGACUUGGGUCUCGGCGACUACAAUCCUUUCUGUCCCAACCGUCGGGACCCUGGGGCGACUGGAAAGGAUCAGUGCGAUGGCGUGAGCGAUCUGGACAACCCGUUCAACGCAGCCGCUGGCCUUAAACCUAGUGUCGUGCAGGCUCUUUUGUUUUCUUUUGUUGCGCUGUUGCUCGUUGUUAAGAUUUGAAACAACAGAGUAUGGUCAUAUUCAUCCUUAUAAGUGGAAGCGUUUUUAGUUUAAAACAACAACUUGUUUUGUUUUCUGUAAAAUUUAGCACGAGUACAAAGACGGCCCUUAUAUGUUAACUGUUUUCUGAUAAGCUAUGUAGCGAAAUUGUACUUUUUAAACUAAUAAAUGUUUCUGUUUCAAUCAUAUCAGACUUCUCUGAUAUUAGCGCCAUUAUAAA